UUAGUGUGACGGACAGGAUCGGACUAAAGUUAAGAGUGAAAUCGCGUGUGAAAUUAGAUAUAGAGUGGACUAAGUGUCUUAUCCCGUGUGCGCAACAACCAUCAGUACGUGUGAGGGUCAACUUUACGAAAUAGGGCAGAAAGAUAAAGUUCUUUUGAAGGAGGGAAGAAAGGCAAGAGCCAUCACACACACGGGGCCAACACAGAGAGAGGGCUCUUUGUGGCUCCGGUCUCAGUCAUGAAGAUUCACGGUGACUGACAUUUCCUACAUGUACCAAGUCGGACAUGGACUUUUCUUUGGCGGGUCACUACACAGCCUGCAGCUACAUGACCUCGGCUGACCUGGUGACUCGUGAUCCCCGCCUGCUGACCUCCCCUGACCUGCGGGUGGCAGCACUGCACGCCGCACCAAGACCAGAUUUUGUCAAGCACGAGCUCGCGAGGUCAGAGCUCAGUCGGCGGCUGGAGUUCCGGCCUGCGCAGGACUUCACGAGCAGAUCUGAUUUGUUGGUGCGGCGCGACCUGGCCAGGACUCAGGAAGGCUCGGCAGGCCACCAUAGGGAGGAGAGGACAACCACAACCGUCAAGCAAGAGAGCCGGCCUUCAGACAUAGAGAACGACCCUACCUGUGUGCUGGCUGACGCGGCCCCAACCAGGAGGACACGGGAGAGGGAGAGCGUCCUCGCCAUGACCAAGGAGGAGCGGCGGCGGCGGCGACGCGCCACUCUCAAGUACCGCACGGCGCACGCCACACGGGAGCGCAUGAGGGUGGAAGCCUUCAACGUCGCCUUCGCUCAGCUGCGGAAGCUGUUGCCUACCCUACCCCCGGAUAAGAAGCUAUCUAAGAUAGAGAUCCUACGCCUCGCUAUCUGUUACAUCGCCUACCUCAACCACGUGCUUGACGUCUGAGCAGCAUCGCCUUGCCAGAUCCAAUGCACACAUGCACCCGAUUCUUCACCGCCCUGCAGCUUCCUACCUGAGCUUCAACUCUAUACCCGACUCGACGUGCAGUGGACCAGAUAUCGUGCUUCCCAACACCUGAACUGAACUAGAGUGGAAGGAAUGGCAGACUGGAGGCGUGCAGAGGUGCUCCGUGCUGCAGAGAUACCAUGUCACGGCAUUGCUGCCGAGAAGACCGCUCUGCAUCGAAAUUAGCUUGUGUUUCUCGUCACAACAGUGCACGGCGUGGAAAGUGACACAAGAGCAAAACUUUCAUACGCGGCGCCGACCUAUUGUCUCACUGGAUGCCGAGCUAUGCACGCUUCCAAUGUCAGUCCUUGUUUUCGCCCCCACAACUCACAGGACAAAACACAAGAAAUCGACAUCACCGACGCUUCCCUCAACGCAUCAAUGCUGUCUUCUGUUAUAUCACCGGGACGAGAUCUUUUUUGCUAACAAUGUAUUCAAGGAAUCGCCGAGGGCGGAAAGACGGAAUACAGCUCACAUUAUGUUCUUCCUUUUCUUUCAGUUCAUCACUCUCUGCAAUACUCUUCCAUGUAUAUACACAAACUUUCGUAACUUUAUAAAUACAAAUACUUUCUACAAAAUUCUUCAUACAAUGAUAAGUUUACAGAAAGGAAUGGUAGUUACGAAAUUAUGAUAUUUAUGUGUAUAGUAUGUAUGAAUGCAUGCAUGCAUGCAUGUAUAAUAUGUAUGUAUUUAUGUAUGUAUGUAUGUAUGUAUAUACGAGUACGUAUGUAUCUGAUUACCCAUGAACACACGUAAUCAAUAACAAUUUAUUUAUUGGGUUAGUUUGUUAGUUAAUUAUCUGUCUACCGGUGUCCAGCAAGCUAGUUCCCACUAACUGUUCUCGGCACGUUGGUGGCAAAAGAACCUCGAUCCAAGACUCGCACUGUGCUGAUAAACGACCUCGCUUGAACUACAAACUCACGUACUAUUAUUAUUACUACAUACAAUUAAAUGUGAAUAACUUUUACA